AUGACAGCGCAGACAGCGGAUUUUUUAAUUUUCCUUAGUCAAAUCAAACCUAUGAUAUGCCAAAACCAUUUUGGUGUGAUUCCCGAUGCGAAACAGAUAUGUGCGACUAGCGAAGAAGGAGAUACACGUGCCGGCGAUUCUGGCGGUCCGUUGAUAGCCAAAAUCAAUUACCAAAGCAAUUACCAAAGCAGGAAUUUCGACACGCAGUUCGGGAUUAUCAGUUAUGGCUCCUACGAAUGCGAUGGAUUGGGUCUCUAUAUCGAUGUCUCACAGUAUAGCGGCUGGAUUGCAAACACGGUUAGGGAUCGAGAUGUGGUCAGUCGGAGGGAGAACGGUAGGUUGCUGUAUGCUGACUGCACUGGCGAUUCCAUGGGAUCCAUUCUAAUGGCCACCAUCUUUGGACUUCAAUCCUACGCGAAGGGUGUGCUGAUCACCGACCGCCAUGUCCUGACCACUGCGGACGUUUCUCGAGCCGAUCCCUACUCCUUAGGGAUUGUUGUGAUGGGUAUGGAGUUCCAAGUUAGCACGAUUUUUAAGCCGUUUACCAACAUUAACAUAUCACUGAUUGGCCUGACGCGACGAUUGAAAAACAGAGGAACAUUGAGACCGAUCUGGAUUUUGAAAACUACAAACCUCUAUGGUUCUUUAAGUAUCACUGGCACCAAUCAACAUGGCUUAAGUUACGUUAUAAGUGUGCAAAGCCUUAAAUAGCAGUUGUGUGAACAUGUGUUGGGGAAAAAUAUCCAACCGAAUCAGUUUUGUGUGAAAAACAUUUUCAAACCAAAUGCACUUCAGGCAUUUGGUACAGCUGGCGAUAUACUGGUAAAAAAAAUAUUGAAUGCUUCGGGCAUGCCACAUAUCGUUCUAUUGGGCUUGGUAGAAGUUUCGUACAAUGACGUAUACGUAAUAACCAGUACCGUGGCAAAUACAGAUUGGAUCUCGGAAAUAGUAAGCCAGAAUGGAUAGGGUAUCUGGAUUAUAGGCGAUUCAAUCGAAAACUAACCAAGCCAUCAUUUUCAUUUUGAGUAAAUAAAUAUAAGAACACAAGGUCAUUU